AUGUGGAACGCUGUCCCAACCAUAUUUCCUCACAAGGAACGACAUCAACGUAUUAGAAAAUCACCAUUAGCAAGACAUCCAGUGGACAUUUCCAAGCAAGUGAAUCUGGGCUUGAGAGACCACAUGUACUUAAUCAGUGGUGUUUCACCAGAACCAUUUUCAAAAUCUGAACAUAAUUCCAAUGAUGACGAGGCAACUCGACAUGACUCUGUAGCAUAUGAAACCAGUGUGGCAGAUCUAGAUAUAGAUGUGGAUGAAUCUAAUACCCUUUCAAUUGAUUCCUCUACAACAGCUAGAGAAGUCGUAAAAUUGAAAGCCAAAUUACAAGUUUCAAGAGCCAAACUGUAUAAAAUUACAAGAAGAAAUAAUGCACUUACUAAGCAAAUGGCAAGUCAGGAAUCAAAGAUUAAAAAACUUUUUGCUGAAGAUCAGCUGCUAGCAUUGUCCCGAGGAAUGCGAGGAAUUCGGUGGUCAUCUGCCACAGUGAAAAAAGCCUUACAACUUCGAUUUGCAUGUGGAGCCACAGGAUAUAACUUACUUUUAAAACAGCAGUUUCCUUUACCAUCUCUUCGAACUCUUCGACGACGGAUGGAAACAGUUCUAUUUGAGCCCGGCAUACUCAACCAAGUUUUUGAAUACUUAGCAGUGAAGUAUUGA